UGGGAAAGCACUGAUGGCCCCUUCGCCUCAAAAUUUUUCAUGUGGCUGUAUACAUACAGAGUCGAGGAGGGAUCUGGGCAUUGAUGCUGCAGUCCUUAUUCAAGCAAAGUUCCCAUUAAGAAAAAGCUAUUUAGACAAUCUCAUGGAUGAAAAUGAGAAAGACAGGGCAAAGAGGGCUUCCCGUAACAAGUCUGAAAAGAAGAGACGUGACCAAUUCAAUGUUCUCAUCAAAGAGCUCAGCUCCAUGCUUCCAGGCAACACCCGUAAAAUGGACAAAACUACAGUGCUUGAAAAAGUCAUUGGUUUUCUGCAGAAACACAAUGAAGUCUCAGCACAGACAGAGAUUUGUGAAAUUCAAAAAGACUGGAAGCCUUCAUUUCUCAGCAAUGAAGAAUUCACCCAGCUGAUGUUGGAGGCAUUAGAUGGCUUCAUUAUAGCAGUCACCACAGAUGGAACCAUUGUAUAUGUUUCUGACAGUAUUACACCUCUACUUGGACAUUUACCUUGUGACAUCAUGGAUCAGAAUUUGUUAAAUUUCCUCCCAGAACAGGAACAUUCAGAAGUUUAUAAAAUAUUAUCUUCUCGUAUGCUUCUGGCAGAUUCUGCUUCAUCAGAUUCCCUAAAGACUGACAACGAUUUAGAGUUUUACUGUCAUCUUCUGAGAGGAAGUUUGAACCCGAAGGAAUUUCCAACAUAUGAAUACAUAAAAUUUGUAGGAAAUUUUCGGUCUUACAGCAAUGUGCCUAAUUCCACUUGUAACUGCUUUGAUGGUGCUGUUCCUCAGGCUUAUAGAACAUCACUAGGAAAACAAGUCUGUUUUGUUGCUACUGUUCGACUGGCAACACCUCAGUUUUUAAAGGAAAUGUGCAUAGUUGAAGAACCUUUAGAGGAAUUCACUUCAAGACAUAGUCUGGAAUGGAAAUUUUUAUUUCUGGAUCACAGAGCGCCGCCUAUUAUAGGAUACUUGCCUUUUGAAGUGCUGGGUACUUCUGGCUAUGAUUAUUACCACAUAGAUGACCUAGAACUCUUAGCAAGGUGCCAUGAACACUUGAUGCAGUUUGGCAAAGGAAAAUCUUGUUGUUACCGGUUUCUGACCAAAGGACAGCAGUGGAUCUGGCUGCAGACCCAUUACUAUAUAACCUACCAUCAGUGGAACUCCAAGCCAGAGUUCAUUGUAUGCACACACACCGUAGUAAGUUAUGCAGAUGUUCGAGUGGAAAGGAGACAAGAACUGGCCUUGGAAGCUGCACCCUCAGAAACACUAAAGGAUGGUGGCUUAGGCUUGAAUCCCGAACAGCACUUUAAUGCACUUGAAAUAGGCAUCUCAGUUCUCAACACUAGUCGGACACCCUCUGUAUCAUCUAGAAGCUCACGCAAAUCUUCCAACACACCCACAUCUGACCCUGCAUCCACACCAACAAAACUGAUCACAGAGUCUAACGUUCCCUCCUUGCAAAGAACACCCAGCAUACAGCAGGAUUCAUCCAUGCAAAGACUCAGUCAACCUGUCACUAUUCAGGCGUCUUUGCCUUCUCAGCCAUCAUGUGAGGUUCUCCCACAGCAGCUGCUGGCCCAAGCAGCUUUGCAAAAUCAGUCUACAUCUAUGGCACAGUUCUCGGCACAAUUUAACAUGUUCCAGACUAUCAAGGAACAGCUGGAACAGCGAACUCGGAUCCUGCAGGCCAACAUUCGGUGGCAGCAGGAAGAGCUCCAUAAAAUACAGCAACAGCUCUGCUUGGUCCAGGAUUCCAGUAUACAGAUGUUUUUACAGCAGCCAACAGUGUCCCUGAGCUUUAGCAACAUACAGCAGCCAGAUCCUCAGCAGCGGUCAAGGGUCAUUUCUCAGCAGCAGCUUAUCCCCAGUCCUCAACUUCAAGGGCAAAUUGCAUCUUCCCAACCAGCAAACCAGCAAAUAUUAAGAGAAGCGAAUGUGGUAUCAAACCAGGCUGUGAACAUGGCUCCAUCUGCUGCUAUAGCACAGGAUAGCAACCAGUGUCAUGCUAGUCCAGAUUUCAGCCAGGACCGACAACUGAGACUGUUGCUCAGCCAGCCUAUUCAGCCAAUGAUGCCUGGUUCCUGUAAUUCAAGACUCGCUUCAGAUAUCAGUGUGGCUGGACGCCAGGCUAAAUAUUCUCAAAACCAACAAUUGUUUCAAAGUCUGGAACUGCAAACUUCUAGCAGCAGUUCACCUGUAGUGCUGAUGGGACAAGCAGUGUUACAUCCAGGGUUUUCUGCAUCGCAGCCUUCUCACACAUCAUCUCUGCAACCUAUGCAACUCCAGCAACAGCAGCAGCAUUGCUACCUUCAGGUGCAGAUACCAAGUCCUUUACACGGUGAGCAACCCGAUUCUUUGCUCCUGCCGUCCUACUCACAGCCGCAAGGAAAUAUAGGAUACCAUCAUACACAGCAGCAGCCGCUGCCACUUGCUUCAAGAAGAACCAGUAGCUUGUCAGAAUCAUCAAAUCUACCACAGCCACUAUGAUAGUCCCACACCAGCACAAUCAAUGCACGAUUAGCUAUAACCAAUAGACCCGUGGGGCAGGAGAGAAGAAAUGACGGAACCUACAAUUUUGACUUUUGCACAUGCAUUCAUUUCAAAGCUCCAUGGCAGUAGCAGACCACAGAGUGUGGACUGCAGCAGACAAUGCAACGGAAAAGGAGUUGGAUUCAGUUUGCACUGUUUCAUGACAAUAUUAUAUAUCAUCAGGCUGAGUAAAAUAAACACAAAUGCUAUCCUGUGCGAACUCCAUCACUGAUUGCUGUGCGGCAGGAGAACAUUCUUGUUGGUACAUCAUUCUGAGAGCACUCUGAUUCCGAAAGACUGUGGACAGACACAUGAGGUACUUGGCCUACACUGUUUCAGUUCAUCUUUUGUGUAAGAAAAGCAGUGGAACAAAAAUCUAUAGAGCAGAGAACAAGAGAUUAUUUUUAUUAUGAUUAUUAUCGUUGUUUUGCACAACUGCACAGAAGAUAUAACCUAGGCACUUUCUAUAAAGAGAGGUUUGUGUCGUUAUUCUGGUGGCCAGACUGGUCCAUCCAAUUAAACAGAAAGCCCAGUCACAGUUAAAAAUGCUACACAAUCCAUACCCCUUGAUUUAUAACCUAAAGGUAUUAAAGCAGUUUACCCUACCAGCUCUUUUUGAUUAAAAACAAAAAAACACUGGACUGUUCCCUGUUUACUCUGUGAAUUGUAACUACAAAGGAGAACUAAAAAUAUAAGCACAAUCAUGCAGCUGUAUUGUUCCAGAAUAGACUCUUUGCUAAUAUAAAGUGGGUCCUUCUGCAAAAUGAAAGCCCACUUACAACUGGUCAUAGCAACAAGUAUCUGAAAAAUAUGCACUGUGUUUUGGCCCAAUGACUAGGGAUGCUGCAAAUUAUCACAUAUCUUUUUCAUGAUAACAUUUGAAUUUUCCUUUAAAAAUGCACUUUUCGCUUUUUUGUAUGUUUUAUGUUUCUAAGAAAGAUUUUAUGUAAUUAUAAAAUAAAAAGUAGUGUAUUGUACAGCUGUUGUAAUA